AUGACGAGAGACCGCUUCCAGCUCCUCUUCCGUCGGGUUCGGAUCUUCGACGCAGCUCUGAUUACGGCACCAACCCGGCCAACCCCUGGCGGCCGUGGCCGUGAUCCCCGAAAGUCUCGGAUGCCGAAGGUGUACAAACAAAUUAAUGAGUGGUCCGCCCACAUCCAAGAGACCGGCGACCGCUUCCUCCGGCCCGGCUCGGACAUCACCGUCGACGAGGCCAUGGUCCGGUUCACGGGCCGGUCUAUGGAGACCACAACGAUCCCGACGAAGCCGAUCCCGCAGGGUUUCAAGCUGGUGGUCACCUCGCUGCUUGCCCUCCUUCCAUUGGCUAACUACCAUGCAUUUCUGGAUAAUUUGUUCGCCUCCGUGAAGCUCUUCCGGGCCCUGCGAGACCAAAAGAUCGGUGCCACGGGCACUUGCCGUAAAGACGGUGGUAUUGAUAAGACUCUUGUGGCUGAGAAGGAGACGGAAGGUAGAGGAAUCCCCUUGGGGCAGCCCCAUCCAAUCUCCACAGCCGACGGGCAAGUUAACCAGUUCACUUGGAAGGAUAAUGCCCUCGUUCUCUUCCUCACCACGGUCUUCGACGAGACCUCCGAAGUGGUCCGCAACCGCCGCCGGCCUGCCGGCAACACUGCCGCGAAGAAGGCGGCACGGGAAGUCUUUAGUUGGGUAGCAGCAAACACGUGCGGCGACUCGGGCGUGGGCGGAUUCCGUGCUCACGUCGUCCGCUCGGUUGCAUUCAACGAGAAGGGCUUCAUCCUGUCGACGAUUCUUGCAUCUCUUUCCGCAAGGACAUCAGAAUUCUUGACGCUCACUGUACAUGUUCCAGUGCUGUCACUAGCACUCCUCGCCUGCCAGGGUUUGGGCCACACUAUAACCACAGAGGACGUACCAAUACUCUGGGAAAUCGAUGUAUCUAUGGCAAACCCGAAUGUUUCGACCACAAGUUUCGCAGUGAUGUCGUCGACUCCUGACGGAUGUCGUUUUCUCAACUUUGCGGCCGCUUUAAUCGCAUUUGUCAAAAACGAAGACGGCGCGAAAGCGCUUGCGCUCUUGAUGGCAGCACCGGUAUCGGAUACUGAACAGAGAGUGCCAAGCUCGGCACACCUGACGAUGAUUCUCGAAGCUCUUGUCAAAUAUCUGCCUCAGAACAGGAACGAAGACCUUGCGUCACGAUACUCAGCAGCCGCGCGGCACCAGUCCGAUCCCGAAGCCGUGGACACUGCUUCUUGGAUCCGUGGUUGGGUCGUGCGAAACCACAACAACACUCACGACAUCAUUCAAGACGACAUAUCUGCGCUUCGUCGUCAAAUUGGGGCAUUUCAACAUUGGUGCCUGAGACCCGAGUAA